CGGCCGCCCACGUCGAACGCUAGCAUUUUUUGUGUUAUUUGGUCAGCUGCUUGGCCGUGUUUCUUGGCGUCUUCAAGAGCGUGUACUCGUGUAGUUUGGUGUGUUCUUUGACUUUUCACGAGUGUAAACAUCCUUCUCGUGUCAACCCCCACCGCUUCUGCUGUGCUUGUAAACUGCCUUUGGCCGCAAAACUCGCUCGUCCAGAACUGAUAUAGCAGCAGGUGCAAAGCUGAUGGUGAUAGAGGGUCCCGUAAACGAACCAGUGUGAAUGCGAAACGAGGCGUUGCAGUGUACUUGGACUGAGUUAUUUCCACUAAAAUAAUCAGGCUCGCUGGCCGCGUGUUUGAGAGGUUUGCGUCAAGAGAGCAGCACUGCAUGCACUGCCGGUCCGUGUACAAGUAGCGCGGGCGCGGAGCGUGUUGUAAAGUGAAAACAGCUAUAGUAAUCGAUGUCGGAAACGCCCCGGUCUCAAGUACUUCCGCCGCUACAGUCGUUUCUGAGUUUGACUCCCAGCGCAGCCUCUACUCUCUAGUCUGGAAUUUUCGGGAGCCUGUCCUCCGGGGCAAGAUCUUUGCAUUGUUCCACCAUGGACACCUCUGCCGUCACGACUGAAAACCAAAUUGGUAUCAGCGGAGCAGUCAACACGAUGACAUCAUCAUCGCAAAGUCAGCCCCUGGCCGGCCAGCACUUGAUCCAGAAUGCGGACGCCCAGGGGGAAUUCCCGUCGUCAUCUGGCGCCCCGGCACCUGCCGCAGUUGCACUUUCGGCCAGUUCAAGUGCAGUAGCCCUGGGCUCCCAGCCUGUCGGACCAGAGCAUCAACAGUCUCAUCCCAGCAAUGUUGGCACUCUACCCUCUGUAGCGACUGUGCCCACGUUGCCGGAAAACAGCAGCGCCGCAGCUGCGCAAAUGCAGGCCGGCCCGUACAUGGACUACCACACGUUUCGCUCCACGAUGAACUACACUCAGCUUCUGCCAGCUGCACCUCAGUACGGCUGGAUGCAGUACUGGCCGCACUCCACCACCGCCCCUGCCGCGCCCGUAGUGCAGUUUCCCGGUCAGCAGUUCCCGGGCCAGCCGCCCCCUCCGGGAAGCAGCCUAGUGUACAUCAAUGCAACACCACCAGCAGCAUCACCAGCAGCACCACCAGCAACAUCCGAAGAAUCAGCAGCAGCAGCACCACCACCACCAGCAGCAGCACCAGCAGGAGGAGCAGCAGCAGCAGCAGCAGUAGGAGCAGCUGGCCAGACACAGCAGCCGGUGCAGCCAGCAGCAGCAGCACAACUGAGCGCCAGCACUAACGCAGGAGCCACAACCACUACAAGCAGUACUGCUGUCCGGCACCUAAACCCCCAGCCUCCGGGUGAUGCGGCCGCUCUCCACGCCCAGGCCAUGCUGGCAGAAGCAGCAGCAGCGGCCCUGCCCGUUGUCUCCAUGGUGCCACCGACCGUACCUCCACUGGUGGCGGGUGUACCGCAGAUAGGACCAAGCACUCAAGGUGCGAGGCACGUACCCCAAUUCAAUCCGGGUCAGGUUCGUAAUCUGACCCCUACGUGUUACGUUUCUGCUAACUCUUCAACGGAGUCGUCGCUGCUGAAUUUGCCUUUUGGAAACGAUCAACAGAUGCAGGGCAGUAGGGGCGCGCCGUUGCACUGGGACACCAGCCGUGCUGCUGCGGUGCCGGGUUUCACACGGCCGCCGUCGCCGUCGCAGCAAGCCGCUGCACAGUUACUGGUGAGAAUGCAAGACAAGCCAGCGGCCCAGCAGCUGCAACCGAGCAUCCGCGUAAACCCCGACCAGGCGGCGGCCAUGGCGGCUGCAAAGAAAGUCAUUCGAGCUCAGAGCGUGAUUGCCGCAAACACAGCCAGCCAGGCGAGUAACGAUGCACGGCCGCCGCAGCUGUCCCUGCUCCCGACACCCUCCGACGAUCAACCCCCCUCCUAUCAUCAGCUCGUGCCGACGUCGUCGGCCGGUUGUCAUGUCAACCCGUUGCAGCAUGCCGCCAUGAUGACUCCAAGAACGCCAUCCGCACACCAGGGCUUCGGCGAGAUAAUUACGUCGCCUGCGGGUGGCAGCUCUGUGCUGCUGCAGCAGCCCACACUAUUGCAAGGUGGUUUCGAUGCUGCACUGGCGCAUCAGCAGCAGAUCCAGCAGCACCAACAGCAACAGCAGCAGCUGCAGCAACAGCAGCUGCUGCAGCAGCAACAGUUCCAGUAUCACCAGGCGCCACACAGCGGCGCAGCAGGCAUGCAGAUGGAGAUUCUGCCUUCACACAUGUACCAGCAGGCAGCGGCAUCCCAGCAGUUGUAUCCGCAGUAUGUUCAUCCACAGCUUCCGCCGCGCCCACCCAUAGUCCUACGCAGCCCCGACAGAGCUCCCGUUCGAUUUGCAGCUGCCCCCGCGCCAGCACCGGCAGCAAGUUCCAAGCCCGGCGGCGUGCAAGUGCCUUGGCCGGCGCAGAGUGCAGCCUUGGAUGCGAACGCUGCCAGCCAUGCCGGAGGAUUUAGUGAGCAACACAUGUUGUCUAGUUCGUCUGCUUCCAUAGGACCCCCGUGUGUUGGUGGACAUAUUCGCAGACCAGGAGCUUUGAAGAUGCCGGCUGCCAGAAUGACCAAUGAGAUGCUGGAGGCAAAGCGUGUAUUGGCGAGAAAACACAGCACGAUGGCCAAAUCUUCGGAAAAACUACUCCAGCGAGAAUUUCGCCCAGCUGCUUCCAAUGCUACACCAGCGGCCGUGGUUGCCAAUGCGGCGUACCAAGAAUCACUGACUGCCAUGCAGUCCCAGACCCCAGAAGGUGAUGUCAUGACGAUGUCAUCCCAGGCCAAAGGGGGUGAUGAUGAACAGAGAGCAUGUACUGCACUAACCGCCAAAAUGCAGCAAACUAUUGCGGCAAUCACUCGUCAAGAAACGGCCAUAGGUGAUGCGUCCCAGGACGUAUGGAAAGAGCCGGGUGAAGGAGCAAAGCAGCGUAGGCAGCGGCGCAAACAGGAGCCCACCUCGUCCAGUGGUCCUCGGGAUGAGACUAGCUUUGUAAGCUCGCCAUCUGCAGCAGUACUAGCUGCCGUUUCCAGCAUUUCCAAGUCCAGCAAACACGGCGACAAGGUGCAAAGCAAGCGACAUCGCAAGUCCAGCAGACCAGUGACACCACCGCCGAUAUCGUGUGCUCUGCACAAAAGAGAGCCACCCUUCAGCCAUCCGUUUGGCCGUUCUACGACGAACAAUAAGUAUCGCUGUGUGGAGUGUACGCAGGUACUGGAGACAUACGUCCGUAUGCAUGGAUCUACUCCUGACUCGUCCCAGAAACGCCAGCUUCUACCACUGGUUGGCAUGACGAUAUCUCAAAUCACCUACUGGUUUUCGAACAAGCGACGGCGCACCAAGCCAAAAGAGACGACCGCUGACCCGUCUCACUGUGCCGACAAGAGUGGCGCGCGGACGGAAGUGAAAUCAGCCACCGACGUGCCGGCAUUGAACGCGGCAGCCAGUAUUCCACCGGGAAGCAGAGCAGCGAAGUCACGCUUGGACUCUCCUGGAGCGCGGCGACGGCCGUCAGAUGCAACGCCAGCGCCUGCAGAGACUGGAGCUGUGGACGAGCGAGUCGACAGCGACGACUACGAUGAUGCCGAAGUCGAUGUUUGCGAGCGCUCAUCCUCCACUCCAGCCACCGAUAGCCAGCGUUCGAGCGAAGACGACCGCGCCGCGACGAUGUCAUUGUCAUCGGUGAGAACGGCAGGUCAGCUUAGCAGCGCUCAAAGCAAGUCUGACUGCGCCGACUGCCCGCAGCCUCGCAGCGCCGCCACUGCCGCCGUGUCCCGCAGCGGCAAGCAACGGGCACGGCGCACCCCGCGACGCCUGCGACUGCGACUCGGCUCCUCCGCAUCGUCGGCGUCCAGCCCAGUGUCACAAUGCUCCAGUGAUGAUCUGUCUGACAACACUCCCUACACGCAGCAUUCCAGUGAGGAGGAUAGCUGCAGUGCCAGCCAAGAAGGUACUUACAAGGCCGGCCGCGGGAAGAAGAGGAAGAAGAAGACCGAGGACACGAGCACUGCAGCUGUCGGCAUUGCCAGCACUCCCAUACUGGUCAGUGAACUUUUCACAACUGGCUGCCAUACAGAGCACAGCCUUGACUCCAUACAGCCACCACCUGCCCAGCAUCCAUCUACGGAACACGGACCAGUCCCCAUGGCAACACAGGCGGUGGAAAAUGAGAAUUCAGAUGCAGAUUCUCCCACCGGUGCUCCCACCAUUGAUGAUGCUGUUGAGCCAACACAAGCUGCAGAUCCAGAUGCCCAUGAUGACGAGGCUGAGGUUGACUUGCCUGACAAUGAUAACUCGCCGUCUCCACCAUCGAAGUCUUCUGGCGCUGUCUGUGACGAAUCCUUGCAUGGCUGUCCCAGCUCCAUGGGCCGUGAAAAGAAGGAGAAUGUUGCACCGAACAACAGUGAUGGUGACAUGCAGUGCGAAGACUCCCAACCGGAGCAGCAGGCCAUCGGCAAGGGGCAGGAACCCAGUGAAGACGUUCCAGCGUCGGGGUCCUCUGGGGUUGGCUGUGACGACUCCUUGCAAGGCUCUGACAGCUCCAUGGGCCGUGAUAAGAAGAAUAAUGAUGCACUGAACAGUGGCAGCGACAUGCAGUGCGAAGACUGCCAACCGCUGCAGCAGGCCAGUGACUCUGGGCAGGAACCAAGUGAAGGCCCAUCGGCUUCACCAUCACAGUCAACACCGUCCGAGAGUACUACACUAGCCCGGAUGACAUAAUUAUGAUCAUGUUACCUUGACAACAUCAGCUGACCUACUCAUGUGGCUAGUCCGUUAAGUGAUUGUCCUGUACGACCCCCAUCCUAAGGAGAGCGGAUGUAGUUUCACGCCGUCGAACAUGCCGUGAAAUGUCGUGUUCCACAAAAGGACCAGCAGCAGCAGCAACAACAACAACAACAACAACAACAACAACAACAACAACAACGACAAUGAUGACAAAGACAGGGACAAUAACAACGACGAUGACGACGAUGAUGAUGACGACGACGACGACAACAGCAACAGCAGCAACAGGAUCAGCACUGAAGGUGACAGUGUUUGUCUGGACUAGAUUCGGCAUUGUCCAAGUACGAUUGCGUAACAUGCAAUGUCACUUAGCAGUAGCAUAUGCCAGCAGUGUGUCUUGAUUGGUGCGUGACCGACAAACAAAACAUUAGUGAUAUUGUUGGACUGCUUCGCUAGAUAGAAAACAAACUUACUUGUAGUGCUCUGCGUACUCUUGCAUGUACCUGUUUCCCUUCAGUCCAGUAUAAACAUAGUUUUUUGGGGGGGGGGGGUCUCCCCUCUUCUUGUACAUCUGCUCUUUUGUGCAUUUAGUGAAUUAUUGUAAACUACUUCAGAAGUAUCAUAGUAAAACAUGCAGAGAUGUCUUGGAGUUGCGAUCCAGCCGUUGCAAUGAUGCAUAAUCAAAAACAGACAACAAGACGAUGGUUGUAAGUGAAACGCUUUUGCAUGCUUGCAAUUGUUAUUAUCCCUAUCAGGCUGUCUUUGUCUUGCCUCCUGAUUUUUCCUCUUUUCCUUUUUAGCUUUGGCUUAGACUGCCCUUCUUCUCAUACGUUUUGUUUAUGUGGUUGGUUUAGCUUGAUGUAAACUUUGACUUUGAGCUGAAACCUGAUAACGUUAUGUCACCUUCCUACCUUCUUUUUUUGUUAGUACAAGUAGUGAAAAUGUAAGUAGUAGUAGUAGUAGUAGUAGUAGUAGUAGUAGCAUAGACUUGGAGUUUCUGGUCAUGUUCGGUAAUGUUAACUCGCAAGAACUUCAGAAUAUGAAAAACA